UCCCCCUCCUCGUUCAUGGUUCCGCCUUUCGCGAUUUUGAUGGCUAUGCGAGUGUAACCGAUUGGUGCUAAAGUGACACCGCGCUAGCCAGCCCAAGCAACCGGCGAAGCGCGCGCCGUAAUACAUCAUGCCCGGCGCAGCAGUCGUGCUGCCGGGCCCUGCCAGCAAGCGAUCGUCGAAAGCAGACCUCCCGAAGCGGACACGGCCCAUUGAAACUGGGUCGACGCCGCCCCCAGAGACCCGCCACCCUACGAAUGGGGAGACAGAAAGGUACUGCUACCGCAACUCCCCGGACCUCUGCAGGUGCGCGUUCUGACUCAACUUUUGAGGCGAAUCCAGCCGUGGCGACGAGGGCCUCCCAGGAGGCCCAGCAAGGGGAGAGCGAGGGAAGGGCAGUAGCGGCAGGGGUACCUCUUCCCUCCUUUGGCCUUCUCCUGCUCCCUAUACUGGGUGAGGCCGAGGCGGAGGCGGAGGGCAGACAGGACAGAUCGGCUGACUGGCAUGGUCACGUACAGCUUCCAGCGAGAAUCUAUUUCUUCGGAUGCCAGCCGCCCAGUCGUCGCUUGCGACGGGACGCGGCUGCUGGGCGACCUCUUCGGCUCUCGGCCAUUCAAUUGUCGAGGGGGAUGGGGAGGAUGGACGACGAAGGAGCAAGAGGAUAGAGGAGAGGGUGAGGAGUAGAUGGGGUGGAUCCGAGGAGCCUGCCUCACUGCAUAAGUCCAUGGGGAGCCUGGCCGCGGCAUGGCGGAGGCCCCGCUCCCGUGGGAGGGCGAUCGGACGCACCCCGCCAGACUGCGACCGGGCCGCCGACGAUAGUUCACUGCUGACUGAGACAAUGGCGUUCGCAGGGCGCGCGUGACGCCUUGUUUUGAAAAGGCAAAAAAGUAUUGCACGCCAAGAGCAAAAGGGGUCGAGCGGCGGAGAAUGGCGAACUGGUCAUACAGCCGCGCUGCGUUAGCCCCCUUGGCAAGAUUUGCCAACAGAGCCUAGGCAGCUGGGCCGAGCUACUCGGAAGCUGAGAUUAUAAGAUUAGUGUGCCAGCGUGGACUCCAAACAGUGGGCACCCUCGACGUGCACUGGCUAUGUGCGGUGUAAUCUAUUGGAUACUAUAUACUGCAGGACAGCCGCCUCGCGGAGUGAACGAGAGCCCCUUCGUGCGAGCACUGCUUGGAGAGAUAGUGACAGCAGAGCGCACUGCAUGUUCCUGAAUUGCACUGGAUGGCGGAGCAGUCGGCACUCUACUCUGGAAGAUCAUCACCGCAGCGCUUGGCACUCCAUCGCAACAGCGCGUCACGAGGGCACUGAGAUCACAACAACAAAAACGAAGCUCCACCUCGUAUCAUUACUGCACUGCUGAUAGGCUCCUCUUGGGGAGCAAGAGACUUCUUCUCCCUUUUCC